AUGUCUACAAUACAGAAGCAAUAUGAUCUAUUUGUUUGGGGAUGCACAGGUUAUACGGGUCAUCUAGUAUGUGAACUACUAGUAAAGGCUUUUGGAUCAACAACUUCGUUAAAAUAUUGUUUGGGAGGAAGAGAUAUGGAUAAAAUGGAGAAUCUACGGAACAAACUAAUAAGAAUAUUAGAUGUAGAUAAUAGGAAAGGUGAGAAGAUAAUCUCUACAAUUCCGAUGUUUCAGUGCACUACUGAAGAUGAGCUAAGGAAAUGUAUUUCUAAUUCAAAAGUUUGUUUGAACUUAGCUGGGCCAUAUCUUGAAUGUGGUGAAAUAAUUGUAAGGUUGUGUGCAGAAAAUUAUACUAAUUAUGUUGAUAUCACUGGUGAGCUAUAUUGGAUUAGAAAAAUACAAAGGAUGUAUGGCAUAUCAAUAGCCUCAAAGAAUUUAAAAUUUGUUGUUUGUAGCGGUUUUAUAGCUUCAAUUAGUGAUUUAGGACUACUACAUUUACAAAAUUUUGCAACAUCUACAAGUGGGUUUCCAUGUCAAGAAGUUAAACAUUACUUUAGACAUGAAGGUCACUCACAAGAAUUUAGUAGCGGAACGAUUCAUUCUAUGAUUAAUUUAUAUAAAUCAUUAACUUCAGAAGAAUUGACUGAAAUGGGAAAUCCGUAUUAUCUAUGUAGCGGUACUUUAUGUUUAAGCAAUAUAAAUGAAAUUAUGUUAAAAAAUAGAGAAGUAAUAAAACCUAUUUAUGAUGAAAAACUUGAAUCUUGGACCUCACCUAUGGUAAUGUCUAGUACUAUUGAUCAGUUUGUUCAUUUCUCUAAUGAAGAGAUGGGUUACCCAUAUGGUAUGGAUUUUAUAUUUUCUGUGAGAAACAUCUGUAAAUCAUACCUUGAAGCAUUAAAGAACUCAAUAAUGAUUAAAGUUAGUCCUUUUCUUAUCCAAUUUUCAUUGCUGAUUUCAAAACUAAAAUGUGGUUCUACAUAUGUAAGUGGCUUUGGACCAGAUACUACUAAGGCCCAUGAUACCGUACUUGAGGCUAUAUUCUUGGGUCAUACCUUACAAGGAAAGCACUUUAAAUGCAUUGUACAAUUGAAAGAUUGCGAGGCAUAUGUUGCCACUGCAAAGACAGCACUUUCAUCUGUGCUUGCUUUGAUACAUGAUGAAGAGGCUCUACCGCCUAGAUAUGGGAUUUCCACUCCAGCAUGCCUACUAGGCACUACAGUAAUUAAGUAUUGUCAGGAUCUUGGAAUGCAAUUUGAUACCCAAUAUAUUCAGGAGUGA